CGAAAUCGCACAAGUGUCGAAGCUAUAGAUCACAACAGAAGAGAAAGAUGACGUCACCGAGUCGUACCCCUAAUCGCGGCGGCGACGGCGGCGAAUUGGUCGAGGCUCAGUCUCCUGAGCUCAGAAAAGAUCCGGUGACUAACCGCUGGGUCAUAUUCUCUCCCGCCAGGGCCAAGAGACCAACUGAUUUCAAAUCCAAAUCUCCUCAGAGCCCUAAUCCCAAACCUUCCUCGUGCCCAUUUUGCAUCGGUCGUGAGCACGAGUGUGCUCCGGAGAUAUUUCGUGUGCCAGAUCGUGACCCGAAUUGGAAACUCCGGGUCAUCGAGAAUCUGUACCCGGCUCUAAGUAGGAAUCUCGCGACCCAAUCGACGCAACGCGAGACGGCUUCUGUUCGGACUAUAGCCGGAUUCGGAUUCCACGACGUGGUGAUCGAAUCUCCUGUCCACUCGAUUGAGCUCUCCGAUCUCGAUCCGGUUGGUAUCGGGGAUGUCUUGAUCGCGUAUAAGAAGAGGAUCCAGCAGAUCACGCAACAUGAUUCCAUCAAUUACAUUCAGGUCUUCAAGAACCAUGGUGCGUCAGCUGGAGCAUCAAUGAGUCACUCCCAUAGUCAGAUAAUGGCUCUACCUGUUGUUCCUCCAACAGUUUCGUCACGCCUUGAUGGUACUAAGGAAUAUUUCGACGAGACUGGGAAAUGUUGUCUCUGUGAAGCUAAAUCAAAACACUUUGUGAUCGAUGAGUCGUCUCAUUUUGUUUCCGUUGCUCCUUUCGCUGCUACGUAUCCAUUUGAGGUUUGGAUUGUUCCCAAGGAUCAUUCUUCCCACUUCCAUCAUCUCGACGACAUUAAGGCUGUUGACUUUGGAGGAAUUCUGAAACUCAUGCUCCAGAAGAUAGCAAAGCAACUAAACGAUCCGCCGUAUAAUUAUAUGAUCCACACUUCUCCCCUCAAGGUCGAAGAAGUUCAGUUACCUUAUACGCACUGGUUCUUACAGAUCGUACCUCAGCUUUCUGGGGUUGGUGGGUUUGAGAUUGGCACAGGGUGUUACAUAAACCCAGUCUUCCCUGAGGAUGUAGCAAAGGUUUUGCGGGAAGUUACACUUGCUUAAACCCGGUUUUGAAAUCUGAGGGAAUGGAUUACUGUGGAGUUAUUGGCUCACUGUGAAGGUCUUCAGAUUCAUUGUUUUUGUUUCCUGUGUUGAAGAAGGAGAUGUUUCAGUAUGAUUCAAAUAACACUGAUGUAUAUGUAGUUAUGUUGUAGAAGAACAUCCUAUACUCUCAUGUUGUGGUAGAAGAUAAGAAGAACAUCCUAUACUCUCAUGUUGUGUUCUUCUUUACUUCAAGUUAAUAUCAUUGCAAUAAGAAGUAUCUUUGAUUCUCUCUUA